CUUCACUCCUAGUCUCCGUGCCUUCUUAAUCAUUACCCGUCUGCCCAGAAAUCUCAAGGGCCCCUCUAUCAAUAUCACACAUUAGCUCCCCCAAAUACGGCCAGAAAGAAUAUCUUCAACCCUCAACGAGCUGCUCCAAAUCUGAACUUCGACCGACUAGCAAAGCAAUAACCAGGACCGGUCAACUGGCAAGAUGACCCAAAUAAGCCAGGCCACUAGAAAGAAGAAGGAAAGAUCCCCGGAAGCCAGCAAAGACGAAAACGACAUGGACCUUCCUAUGCUCCCUAUCGCUGCAGGGAGCCACAGCCGCCGCUCGAGAGAGCGAAAGAAGAAAGAGAAGGGAAGCCACAGGAGGGAGAAGAAGAAAAUGCGAGAAUCGAUCAACAACGAUGGCCCCAGCCUCCUGUUCACGGUCUUUAAUUCUGGAGAGCUCCGCAGCUUGGCAUCACCGAGAUCAAGGGAUUUGCCACCACCACCUCUAACUCCGGGCGAGCUCAGGAUUGCUCCUAUGAGGCAGGCGACUCCACCUUUAGAAGCUUUCAUAUCAUUGUCGUCGCCUUCGCUUCUCCAAGAAACAGCCUCGAUGCUGUAUCUCCUGCGGUCUCGCAGGAACAGGCUGAAUGCGCAGGUGGAGGGGUUUGAGGUGGCGGGGAGGAAAGCGAAAGCCAGCCUCUAUACCGUUCGAUUACAACGCAAUGAUAGGGACAAGACUAAGGCAGACAUCUGCACAUUUGAAGAGGUAAUUGCCCUGAUGUCCGAGCACUCCACAGACAUUUUCGUCCUCGAGCACGCACUGAGAGAUAUUGUUGACGAGGGCACUGGCGAUGAGGAUAAGAAACUGAAGGAACAUUUGGGGGAUGCGAAGACGAUGUAUCAGGAGAUGCUGAGAAUGUAUAAUGAAAAGCUCUUGGAGUUGAUGAAUAGACUUCAGCCUGAAGUGCUUCAAAGGACUAUCCAGGAGUUGAAGAUGGAGGGUAAGAAGAGCGAGGGAGGGAGUUAGGGGAUUAGGAAGGAGGAUGAGAAGAAAUAAACUUAAUCGCCUCAAAACGGACCUUCUCUAACUUUCCUCGCGAUUACCCUCUUUGCCUCCUACAGUUUGUCGUGGUCAUCUGGAGAUGGCAGACUUCAACAAGUCUCCAGUGUUUUCCCACUGAUAUUGCUCAUGCGGUGUACACCGCGUACUCGUUACCUGCAUCAUACGCUCACUAGCUGCGUCUAUAAAAUGCAGCUGCUCCACGAUAAUCGCUGUAGCGCAUUAGAAAGCUCGUCUUCCAGAUCAUUUCCGCAUCCAAUACCUGGCUAUAUCUGGGCAUCCUUCCCUAGGCCCGCGGGGGCCCUCAGCAGCAUCAUGAAGUUGGACUUUCCCUGCAUAGCUAGCCUAGCACUCCAUUCACCGAAUUACCUCUUUUUGCGCUUGGAUUGCCUCAGGAGUCGUUCCUUCCCCUUCAAUUAGGCUCUCGCAUCCUACGCGUGAAAGCACCACCUUCUGCCUCA